CCCUACGCCAACUCUCAGUUUGGAACCACACUUCCCAGCAUGCCGUGCUCUGGGGCGUAGCUGCCGAGCUAAAGUUCUGUAGGCAACAUUGUGUCCUAGGGCGGCGAGUUUCUCGCUGCGCGCGGAGUCUGCGCCUCGGAGCCUCUGGGGCGGGGCGGGGUUUGGAGCCUGGCGGGGCGAGCUCAGCGCGGGUGUCCCGUCUGUGCUGCGUUAGCCCGGGCUUCAGCCGCGCCCGGCUGAGGCUGAAGAUGUCCGGGCAUUUCUCUGACACAAGCAGCAAGAAAGAACAUGUUAAAAUCACAAGUGAGCCCAAGCCAGGGUUUCUGGAGCGACUCAGUGACACUGCUGGAGGGAUGCUAAUUGGACUUGCAGCAUUUUCUCUCUCUUUCUACCUUCUUUUCACCAAUGAGGGACGAGCCUUGAAGACAGCCACUUCCCUUGAUGAGGGGCUUUCUCUUGUGGUCCCUCUUGACAAUAUUCACAGUGUGUCCCAACAGAACGAGGGAAAACUAGUGCACUUGUCAGGUGCCCUUAGAACAUCAAAGCCUUUGUUUGAUCCCAGCUAUGGGCUCUCCAUCCACGCUGUCAAACUGAAACGUCAGGUGGAAAUGUAUCAGUGGGUAGAAUAUGAAGACUCCAAAGAAUAUGAGGAGAAUGGUGAAGUUAAGAAAGAAACAAGAUAUUCAUAUAACACUGAAUGGAAAUCAGAAGUUGUGAACAGCAGAAACUUUGAUCGAGAGAUUGGCCAUAAAAACCCCAGUGCCAUGGCUGUGGAAUCUUUCACUGCAAUUGCUCCUGAUGUCCAGGUGGGCAGUUUCUUUCUUUCAAAAGGUCUUAUUGAGAAAAUUGACAGUUUUAAGCAGAUGAGCCUGUCGAAACUGGAGGAUCCGCAUGCUGACAUCACUCGAAGAGAAGAUUACUUUUAUCACAGCGAGAAUCCCAGGCGUCCAGAAGUGGGAGACCUUCGUGUUUCAUUCUUCUAUGCGGGUCUGAGCGGAGACAAGUCCCACCUGGGCCCAGCAGAUGUGGUGUCCGUGAUUGCUCGUCAGCGAGGGGACCAGUUGGUUUCAUACCAAACCAAGUCUGGAGAUGUCCUGCAGAUUCUUUAUCCUGGUGAGCUCUCUGCUGAGGAGGUGUUUCAAAAAGAGCAUGAAAGUAACACCAUGAAGACCUGGGGUCUCCGUGCAGCUGGCUGGCUGGCAAUGUUUGUAGGCAUAAACCUGAUGACCAGAAUCCUUCACACUUUGGUGGAUUGGCUUCCUGUUGUUCGAGAUCUGGUUAAUAUUGGACUUAAAGCUUUUGCUUUUUGUACAGCCACCUCGCUCUCCCUGCUAACUAUUUCUGUGGGGUGGCUCUUCUACCGCCCACUCUGGGCUCUACUGAUUGGGUUGCUGUCUGCCGUUCCUAUUGUGAUUGCAAAAUCCCGGGUUCCACCGAAGAAGCAUCAGUAACGAUGGAAGAAUUCCUUUUUUUUUCUCUCCCCUUGCACUUGAACCCUGUUUUUUUACCCCUUUGAAUCCUAGUGCAUUUAUCAUGUUUCAAGCUAUUAUGACAUGCUUAAGGCACAUUACAGUUCAGAAUCUUGAUUCCCUGCACCAGAAAGUCCAGUAGGAGACAAAGGUGCAAUUUUUUGUAUGCUUAUUACACAUCCAUGGGAAAAUGUAACUGUAGAAGCUGCAGUUUGAAGUGGGUGAUAUUCUGUGUAUUUAGAGGAAGUAGCAUUUGUUACUUAACUGCUAUUUGCCAAUCUUUACUUAUUAAAAGAGCAAUGCUGUGUGCUAUCCACAGGGGAACAGGGACAGAUUUAAUUAUGCGAUCCAUGAUGUGCAGUCUCUACCAGAUUUUGUGUGCCUGCCUCUCAUUUAAUUAUUCCCUCUUAUUUUCUUAUGUACACGGAGAAAUAUACUUAUGUUGACAGUGUUUUGAAGUGCAUGUUCAUAGACAAAAUGCUGCUUGCACAUGAGUGAAAGCUGUGUUACGCAUUUAAUUUUUCAGUAGUUAGAAAACCAGGUAUAAGGUGUAAGGUUUUUCAAAAGUAACUAGGGAUUUUGGCUGUUCAAUUUACCUUUUAAAGGGACCUGAUUUUCAAAAAGGGAUGAGCCUUCACUGAAUCAGAACCCUGGAAGCGGUCUCAUUUGGGCACCUAAAAUUGCUAGCAUGUCUACCUUGUUUUGUAAAACUUUAAAACUGAUUUAAAAUUCUAUCUGCUUAAAGGGAUAGUCUAAGGUCAAAAAACAUAACAGGCUGAAACUAAGAACUGAUGUAACCUGUAAAACUAAUGUAAACUCCUGUACUUAAAAACUGAUAUUUCCCCCUUUAUUUUGUUCAUUUCACUUAGUUUGGCUAAUGAAAGAUGCAUGAGAAACAAACUGAGUACUUAUAUAAGCUGUAGUGUCUGGAUUUAAACGCUCUCCGUCAGGGUUUGCAAUGGCCUCAUACUUAAAAACCUUAAUUGAAAUUAACCAAAUUUUUAAUGAUUAAUGUUUUGUAAACCUAUAUGUUAAGCUUUGUCAUGUUAGGGGAAGAAGCAACUCUACAUCUAACCUCUCACUGAUUCAUGUUUGUUUUUCUGCUAACACCAAUACUUAUGUUUUUGGAACCCCUUUUGUAUUAUUUUUAAAAGUGUAUUUGCUCCUAACAACUUAGGGCUGUCUUUCAGCCUACUUUUUCCUGUGCUUCCACUUUUGUAAGCACAACUGAUGUUUAAGAAGAAUACCUAAUUCCAUGCACAAAGGAGGAAUGUGGUAGCUCAUUGACCUCAACCUUGAUUUUCAAAAUCUUAUCCCUUAAAGUCCAGUUAAGAACUGCAAGAAAGGUUCCUUCCCCUUGCUACAUUAUUUAUUUUACUUGAAUAUAAGAAGGGGCUUUUGUUUGCUCAGGAUCUUAAACAGGAGAAACUAAACCAAAGCUAAGGAAUGUGGAAGGUAUAGUCCUUAAAUCCACUUAACACAUAGUCAACAUGUUUAAGGAAUCAGACCAUGUAAUUUUAAAAUCAGUUACUAUAGUUACCAAGGUUAUUAGCAUUAGUAACUUAUCUAACAGCCCAAGGACUAUUUAAAAGUUGACUACAAGAUGAGAAUCCAAGUCUUUAGUGAUGGGGCAAUUUUUGAAUUUUUUUUGCACAAAACUAUUAAAAAGAAUGGCUUGUAAAAUAUAACUUUGGACAGUUGCUACUUGAAUGAACAAUAAUCAUUAGGUAAUGCCCUUUUAUUCCUGUUGGUAUCCAGCCAUUGUCAGUUCAGUUUCAAGGCUCUAGGGCCCUAAUCUGCCCCCAAUGAAGUCAGUGGGAAUAGGCUCUUGGGCAGGUUGCCUGGAUAUACAAAUAGUCAAUUAAUAAACUUAUGCAGUGUUUGUCUGCUACUUAAUCAUUGCAGUAUAUCUUCCAGUACCUCAAAUGGUGUUCUUUUGGGGAACACUGUGUUGAACUGAUACUUUCCAAACUUAAACCCCAACCAGCAUUCAGCUACUGUACAAUGGAGACUCUUGAAAUAGUUUUCUAUGGAAGUGCUGAACUUUUGUAUGUUUUAUUAAAAAAAAGUUUCUCA